AUGUCCUUGUUUUUCGUUUUUGAUAAGAUUCAUUUCUCUGCAAAUUUGGCCGGAGUUUGUGUGGUUGGCCAGAGAAGACGGUGGUUUCCACCACCACCACCAUGUAAAAUUAGGGUUCUGAACAUAGCAGGGAAGACGAAGACGAAAUUUCCAGGGGAAGACGAAGACGAAGAAGAAGAAUGCAGGGAACGAAGCAAACGAGAAAGACGACCGCAAGCCAAAGUUAUUCAAGAGUUCCAGAAACAAUCAGCGCAAAUGGAUAUAACGACUGAAAUGAUGUCAGAUGCCAUAGAUGAUGUCUUGGAUGAUGAUGAAGCUGAAGAAGAGACAGAAGAUCUCACAAAUCAGGUGCUCGAUGAAAUUGGUGUGGAUCUUGCUUCACAGUUAUCAGCAGCUCCAAAAGGGAGACUCAAAACAAAGAACACCGAAAAUGUCAGCAGCUCGGAAAUUGAUGACAUCGAGAAGCGUUUGGCAGCUCUUAGAAAUCCAUAA